AUGGAACUACCAUCCCAAGCAGUUGACAUGUCCCGACUGUACUGGCCACUUAACAUCGUCUUAGCAGACCCAACUUUCCAUCAACCCGGUCCUAUCGAUCUAAUAUUUGGAGUGGAAAAUUUCUAUGAUCUGUUGCGGGAGGGACAGAUCAAAAAUAGUCAUGAGGAACCUCUAUUGCAGAGUACCGCUCUUGGGUGGGUGGUGUCAGGCCGAGUCAACGUAGUUGCUUUACCGUCGUUCACGAGCUUCGCACAUAUGUGUAGUACACCGUCAUUAGAAGAACAAUUAACACGCUUCUGGGAGAUUGAAGCUUGUCAUUCGAAAAGCACAUUAUCGUUAGAGGAGUCUGCUUGUGAAGAACAUUUCGCAACCAAUACUAUUCGAAAUUCUUCAGGUCGUUUCGUCGUCGCCUUGCCAAAGAGAAGUUCAGUGAUCGCAGAGCUAGGAAACUCAAAGGCCAUUGCUACUCGUCGCUUUCUUUCCCUCGAACGACGCCUUACUGCAAAUCCUGUACUGAAAGAAGCUUAUUCUGAAUUCAUUCACGAGUACGCCCAGCUCGGGCAUAUGAAGCUGAUUAAUGAUAUUGCCGAUUCUGAUCGAUCCUCUCCGUCCUAUUAUUUGCCUCACCAUUGCGUCGUCCGACCAGAUAGCAUCACCACUAAACUCCGUGUGGUCUUCGAUGCUUCGUGCUCCACAGACACAGGAGUGUCUUUAAACGACUUACUAAUGGUCGGUCCACUCGUGCAGGAUGACCUUCUUACCAUUAUCCUACGAUUUCGGAUGCCACAGUUUGCUAUCAUCUCUGACAUCGAAAAGAUGUAUAGGCAAAUUCUGGUCUGUGACAAUGAUCAGCCACUCCAACGAAUAUUAUGGAGAGACUUACCAUCACAACAGAUUCUGAGCUACCAGCUAACAACGGUUACGUACGGUACAUCAUCAGCUCCUUACCUCGCAACAAAGAGUCUCCAGAGACUGGCUGAAGACAGUUCGGAAAAGUUUCCAGUAGCAGCAGAAGUCAUCCGACGAGACUUUUACAUGGACGAUAUGCUUAGUGGGGUCGACAGCGUGGAAGAAGGCCAAGAACUCUGUAGGCAGUUGAUUCAUGUGAUGAACUCUGCUGGAUUUCAGCUCCGGAAAUGGGCUUCAAAUGAGCCCAAGGUUCUAGAAGGAAUUCCACUCCCCCUAAGGGACGAACGAACUAUUUUCGACCUCGACUCGUCGGUUUCGCCGAUAAAGACACUGGGUUUGCAGUGGGAUACAUCAACAGAUGCAUUUCUUUUCGAAGCUCCGAAGCACAGUGAACAGAUACCUAUAACCAAACGCGUGGUUCUGUCGGAUAUCGCUCGGCUUUUUGACCCUCUGGGGUUAGUUGGGCCAAUCGUCGUCUUAGCAAAACUGUUCAUGCAAGAGCUUUGGCGAGAAGGAAAAAAUUGGGAUGAUGCGCUUUGCGAUUCUCAUCAACGUUAUUGGUCAGAAUUUCGCGAUGAUCUUCACGCUCUUUCGUUAAUGAAAAUACCUCGGUGGGUCGUGUCUACACCAUCCGCAGUUUGUUUGGAGCUACAUGGGUUUUGCGACGCUUCGGAGAAGGCGUACGGCGCUUGCAUUUACGUCCGCGCAGUCUCUUCCAGCGGAAGCAUCCACGUUAACUUGCUGACCGCCAAAUCUAAGGUGGCACCGAUUGGAAAAACGAAAAAAGAUGGUACCGUCUGUUUGCCACGUCUGGAGCUCUCUGCAGCCCUCUUGCUAAGCCAUCUCUUCGAAAAGGUUCAAUCUAGCCUAAACCUUAAAGGUAGCAGUUUCUUCUGGACCGAUUCAACUAUAGUCCUUGCCUGGCUCUCCGCCAGUCCAUCGCGCUGGAAAACUUUUGUGGCAAAUCGGACCUCAGAAAUCCAGCGAAUCACAACCAAAGGCAUCUGGGCACAUGUUCCAGGUACAGAAAACCCAGCAGAUGUCAUUUCGAGAGGAAUAUCACCAACACAGCUACACGAUUUCGUUCUGUGGUGGAGUGGGCCGCCAUGGCUCUCGAUGCCGUCUCGAUUUUGGUCACCAUUUACACGCCCCUCCGCAGAAACAUUCACUCCCGAACAACUAGAAGAACGAGUGAUUGCCCUUCCAAUUCAGGUCCAGCCUCCUAAUGAGUUGUUUCUGCGUUAUUCAUCCUUCAACAAACUCGUACGUGUUGUAUCGUGGAUCCAAAGAUUCAGUUUUAACUCCAGGAUUCAGAACCGUUACGAAAGGAAAACCGGGUUUCUUUCAGUAAUUGAAAUUAAACAGGCUACACACUGCCUGGUGAAACUCGCUCAGGAUGAAAGAUUCUCUCAGGAUCUCGCGGAAGUAGCUCGAAAUGGGCAAGUCAAACAGAAUUCUCGAUUGAAAACUCUUACUCCAAUACUAACGAAUGGCGUAUUGCGUGUCGGUGGCCGGCUGCGCCAUGCUCCCGUAAGCUACGACCAACGGCAUCCGAUGAUCCUGCCGGACAAACAUCCUUUCACUGAGCUACUAGUAGUUCACUACCACCGAAAGCUUUUACAUGCUGGUCCGCAGUUGCUAAUUGCCACCAUUCGUGAAAGAUUCUGGCCGCUGCGAAUAAGAAACCUUGCCCGCCAAGCUGUUCACUCCUGCGUCAGCUGUUUUCGUUGCAAACCUAAGAUCCUGCAACAGUUAAUGGGUGAACUUCCACCGGAGCGCGUUACACCAGCAUUCCCGUUUCUCCGCACGGGUUUGGAUUACUGUGGACCUUUUUAUUAUCGUCAAUCUCGCCGAGCUGCCCCUGUUAAAUGUUUUGUUUCCAUUUUCGUAUGCCUUGUAACGAAGGCGGUCGACAUUGAGUGCGUUGGAGACCUAUCGACCAACUCAUUCCUAGCUGCUCUGAAACGGUUUGUCGCUCGCCGAGGGAAACCAGAGUUGAUUGAGUGCGACAAUGCAACCAACUUUAAAGGAGCUCAACGCGAAUUGAACGAUUUAGCCCAACUAUUCGUAUCUCAGCAGCACCAAGAACUGAUCACUACCAACUGUACGGAAAAUGGGAUUACGUUCAAAUUCAUACCUCCUAGAUCCCCAAAUUUCGGCGGGCUCUGGGAAGCAGCCGUCAAGUCGCUGAAGAAACACUUGCGCAGCACGGUCGGCAAUGUUGUACUGUAUCAGGACGAAUUUCUUACUAUACUAACUCAAAUUGAAAGUUGCCUAAAUUCUCGGCCACUCACUCAGCUCAGUUCGGACCCUAACGAUCUGGAAGUGCUUACUCCUGGGCAUUUCUUGGUACAUCGAUCACUGGCCGCCAUUCCAGAACCAAGUCUCGAAGAUGUGCCUUCCAACCGCUUAGACCGAUGGCAGCAAACACAGGAAUACGUCCGGCGAAUUUGGAAGCAGUGGCAGUCGGAAUAUUUGUCCGGGUUGCAGCCUCGUACUCAAUGGACUCAACAACGAGACAACAUUUCGGUGGGUACCAUGGUACUGGUGAAGGAAGAAAACCUUCCACCACUUAAAUGGAAAUUUGGACGAAUACUACAAGUCUUCACGGCUGAUGAUGGCAACAUCCGGGUAGUAACCGUUAGGACGAAGGACGGUGAAUUUCGUCGUGGAAUCUCCAAAAUCUGCGUAUUGCCCAUUCAGAGACCUACGGAAUACCUCGAUGAUGAAGCCACUGAUCCACACGAAGGAACCUAG